AUUUACCAGAGAUGCUGGUUAGUAUUCAAAAAAGCUUCAAGCAAAGGGCCAAAGAGGCUGGAGAAAUUCUCAGAUGAACGAGCUGCUUACUUUAGAUGCUAUCACAAGGUCACAGAGCUCAAUAAUGUGAAGAAUAUAUUACGAAUGCCAAAAAGCACAAAGAAACAUGCUGUUGGGAUUUAUUUUAAUGAUGACACAUCAAAAACCUUUGCUUGUGAGUCAGAACUUGAGGCAGAUGAGUGGUGCAAGGUGCUGCAGAUGGAGUGUCUUGGAACGCGAAUUAAUGACAUUAGCCUUGGAGAGCCUGACUUGUUGGCAUCUGGAGUAGAGAGGGAGCAAAGUGAGAGAUUCAAUGUGUAUUUGAUGCCAUCCCCUAACUUAGAUGUGCAUGGGGAAUGUACCUUGCAGAUAACAUUUGAGAAUAUCUGUCUUUGGGACAUCCAGAAUCCCAGAGUAAAACUCAUCUCUUGGCCAUUAAGUGCCCUCCGACGCUACGGGCGGGACCCAUCUUGGUUCACGUUUGAAGCAGGGAGGAUGUGUGACACAGGAGAAGGACUAUUCAUUUUUCAGACCAGAGAUGGGGAAGCAAUCUAUCAGAAGGUUCACUCAGCUGCUUUGGCCAUAGCAGAACAACACGAGCGCUUGUUGCAGAGUGUGAAAAAUUCAAUGCUUCAGAUGAAAAUGAGCGAGCGAGCCGUGUCCCUCAGCACCAUGGUGCCCUUGCCCCGCAGUGCCUACUGGCAGCACAUCACGCGACAGCACAGCACUGGGCAGCUCUACGGCCUGCAAGAUGUUUCUAGCCCAGUGAAGCUUCAUCGCACGGACACUUUUCCAACCUACAGGUCAGACCAUCGAUAAAAGACUGUAAAGAACUUUACAAACUCUUUGUCUUCUGACAAACUGCCCCAGUGGAUGACAGUGAUGAUAAGCAAAGAUGGAAACAUGGAAAAGUUCAGGUUGGAUGAAAAAUUCCUGCAAUACAAAGCUGUUGGUUUUUUUUUUUUUUUCUAAACUUUGCCCAAAGCUAAAACUAUUCUGUAGAUAUUGGGGAGGGAAACAAAACCAAUAAACCCUCCAAUGUAUCUUUUAUAUCUUACAGCUGGACAGAGAAGAAAUCACUCCCUAAAUAUUUCCGAAUGUUUUUGUAUGAUAGGUAUGUUGUAAAUAUAUGAAACUUUCCUGUUGUAGUGUGGU